UGGCAGCAUCAUGAAUUUUUCCAUAUUGACCAAGCAGAAAAUUCCUGUUAAAAUAUUAUUGUAAUGAUAUUUGCCUUCAUUUAAACAAAAAUGAUCAAGAAUUGAAAAAUUAGUUUGCUUAGUUUUGCUACAGCUUUUUUUUUUUUUUUAAAGUCAGUUUACAGUUUGGUAGAUAAAAUCAGAAUUACUCCUUUUACAACAUGUGACUAUAAACAUGACAUGGAUGGUAAAUUUUUUUAAGAAUAAUAUUCAGGUAUUUUACAGAUCUUUUUCUGUUUUGUUAAAUUAUAGACAAUAUCUAGUACAUUUUUAAAGCAUUAAUUGACAAGGUAGAAGAAAACUCUACAUAAUGCCAACAAUCUUGUCCAUAACAUUCAUGAAUUUACUGUAUUUAAAUCCACUAAACUUUAAACUUUACAUAUAUUUGCUAUUAUUUUCCUGUUUUUAGAGUUUUAACGCUACAAUAUUCCAGUGUUUUGAAUAUUUUUUUCUGUUGUCCUUUGCAAUUUGGCACAAUCGGUUUUGGUCUGUCUGUCUGUCUGUCUGUCUAUCUGUUAAAACAGACCAAUGGAUUUGGAUGAAAUUUUCAGGGAAGGUCAGAAAUGACACAAGAACCAAGUGAUUAGAUUCUGGCAGUGAUGCAGCUUAUAGUCUGGAUCCACGGAUUUAUUAAAGAUUUCUGUAUCAUUGCCAGAUAGCGGCACAGCGUCACUGUAACCAUGACAACCAGUGAACCCUACAUCAGCUGCCUGCUGAUGAUCACAUGAUUGUGAUCCUACUACAAAUCCACCACUGAGGACUUAUCAGGACUUAUCCAUCAGAAAUGAUCCAAGGAACAACUGAUUAAAUUGUGGGGGUGUUUCUGAGUCCCAUCAAUUCCUGCCGCCCGCUACAUAUUUAGGUCACGUGAUCCAGUAUCUGUACAUAAUUUACACAUGCAGAACACACACCUGUGCUCAGAGCAAGGUCAUUUAGUUUGUGAGUUCAUCUAUAUUAAAUGGACACAUUCUAUGUUGCUGUGAUUUCUUAUCAUCAAUAACUAAUAAACAAAUGCUGCAUUUCUGACAUAUGGGGGAAUGAGCAGCCUUGGAGGAGGACUGAGCUCUGAGGGCUUUUCAAGUUUCACAUAUUUUUAUUAUUUUUACAGUGCAUGUUUUGAUCUGUUUCUCAGAAAAUCGUUUCACACUGUCAUUCAUUCUGCUCCAAUAAAAUGCCUCUGCAACGAGGCGGUGAUUUUCUGCUCCAUUUCCACGCUGAGCAACACGCCCACCCAGCAGAGGAACUAAUCCUCCAUCAUAAAACUCUUCCCGGCCCGUCCUGUCAGCGUUUUAUGGCUUUACUGCCAACCCUCCUCUGGUUCAGGCGGCAGAGGGACGACCAGUGCUUCCUGACUGCCUCAAUUAUUCUGAAUCAUUUCACUGAAGGGCCCAGAUGCUACCUGUCCGCUGCCCUCCACUCAGAGGGCAAUUAAGGCGGUCUGGAGCCGGUAAAUACCCCCCUGCUUCUGCAUGAGCGGCUUCGUCUCCUUAUCUGCUCCUCAUGAUGUUGUCGGCGCCUCGCCUCCUUCGUGCCCCUCCAGCCUCUGCCUCUUUUACUGUUGUUGCCCUCAGAGGUGGUUAGUGGGCUGGUGAUGGAGGGAGGACGUCGGCUCUGCAGCGCUGCAGACGGACCUGAGGGGGAUCUGGUGCUUUUAAAGAUGCUGUUGGGGUUAGUUGGUGUUUAGUGUGACUUCAGAGAUGCGUCUGACUCUGAAGAAUGGCUUUGCUCUCGCCGUCUACAGCUUCACCUUCCUGCUCGGCCUCCCCGCCAACCUGCUGGUCCUCUUCGUCUACAUCCGUAAAGCUCGUAAGCGAGGUGCGACACCCAACGUGGUGUACGCCCUCAACCUGUGCCUGGCCAACCUGGCGCUGGUGGCCUGGCUGCCCGUCAAGGCACUGGAGACGCUGCUGCAGGACUGGAUGCUGCCGGCGCCGGUCUGUCCGGUCUACAGCUUCUUCCUGUACUCGUCGCUGUAUGGCAGCUGCCUCUUCAUCGCUGUGGUGACGGUCGGACGCUACCUCAGCAUCGCCUUCCCCAUCGCCUACAAGCAGUACCGCCGUGCUCGCUUCUCCUGCCUCAUUAGCGCCGCCCUGUGGGCCCUGGUUCUGUUCCACCUCAGCAUCAGCCUGGUGGCCGAGGGUGGCGCCUACUUCGUCUCCUCCAACGAAGACUCGUCGGCGUGCUACGACCACCUGAACAUGUCGCAGCUGGCCGUGCUGCUGCCGCUGCGCCUGGAGAUGGCCGUGGUCCUGUUCCUGCUGCCGCUGGCAGUGACGUCGUUCUGCACGCUGCGCUGCGUCAUGCUGGUGUGGCGCUCCAACCUGCGACCCGCAGGGAAGCGUAGGGUCCUGGCGGUGGCGCUGUCCACCCUGGUGGUGUUCGUGGUCUGCUACGCCCCCUACAACGCCUCGCAUGUGGUGGGCUUCGUGCUGCAGACCAACGUGGAGUGGAGGACGACCGCCAUGCUGACCAGCCUCUGCAACGUCUUCCUGGAACCCGUCGUCAUGAUGAUGCUGUCGCCGGCCGUGUCCAGAGGCAUCCUGGGAAAAAUCUGUGGGCGGCAGAGUCAGUUCAGGCGGAGCGACUGCGGUCGACUCCGAUGGAAACCAACCAAUGGAGCGCCGAGCUUCAGGGCGCCGACGUUAUUGGAGAAGAACCAGGCGGUGAUGGAGGAGACCGGAGUCAGUCAUGGACAGAAAGAAACCCCAGCAGAGAGGUACGCUGUAGGAAAACGGCAAAAAACAGACAAUCUGGCAGCAAGGUGGAAGAAAAAAGCAUUAAAAACUGGAACAAUGUGAAAACAACAGCAAAUAUCAGUAAAGUAGCGAUGCUUUUAGUGGAUUUAAAGACCGUAAAACUCUCAUUUUAUGGUCAAAGAAUGAAUGAAAAUCUGUAAAACUACAGAUUUUUAGCGGUCAAGGUUACUUCAUUUAACCCUCGUGUCGUCCUGCGGGUCAAAAUUGACUCGAUUUAAAGUUUGAAAAUGUGGGAACAAACUAUAUAUUUUCACAGUGAAACUUCUGAUGUCCACAUUUUCAACAUUUUUGGGAAAUCUUUGAACAUUUUUUGGUGGAAAAAAAUAAAUGUGAAAAAUGUUUCUUAAGAACAUUCACAAAAAAAAUCAACCAAAAUCCAGUGAAUUUUGCUGGAUUUUGGUUGAUUUUUAUGUGAAUGUUCUUAAGAAAAUAUUAGAAGUUUUACUGAUCACACACACAUGCACUAAAUAUCAAAAUAUUUGGCUGCAAGACUAAAAUAUGCAUCAAUCUCAUAUAAUGUUGACACCUCUUCUGUGGAGUUAAACAAUGAGAAUAAAUGCAGACAAAAAAAAGUUUUAAUCAUAUAUGUAUGUAAUCAUUUUAGAUAUUUUUUAGGAAUUUUUUGGGAGAUUUUUAAUCAUUUUUUGAAAAUAUUUAAAAGAAUUUUCUUACCAAAUUUGGGGGAUUUUUUAAAAAAAAACUUUUAAGGAAUUCUUGGAAUUUUCUUCCUGAAAGUUUUGCAAAUUUUCAGAAAUUUGGGGAUUUUUUUUUGCUGGAUUUUUGUAUUUUUUUCAGACAAGGAAACAACAUUUGUUGUGCCUUGAAAUGAGGACAACAGGAGGGUUAAACCUGUGGGUGGAUUUGUUUGCAGAUUAAAAUGACUGCAUUCGGACUAUUAAAAAAACGCACAUUGAACCUGACAAACAAGUGUUCAGUGUUCCAACAUUCACCAAUAAAGCAGCAAGGACAAAUAACAAGAUAAAAUAAAUAAGAUCAAAAUAAAUAAAUACAAAACACAAUAAAGCAGAAAAAACACAGGGAAAUAAAAGCAAUCUCUGGGAUAAAGAUAUGAAGUUUAAAAGUAACAACAAUAAAUAAAGCAAAGAAAUAAGAUAAAUAAAGACACUGUGACAUUAUCUACAGCUGGAUCCUGUUUUUACUGUCAGCAUCUACGACUUUACUGGUUGUUUUCUGUAAUUAUCAAACUAAUCUAUAAAAUAACAGACUUUUUUAAAAUGCGCUUUUCAGUCCUUAAUAAACACAAUUUUGACUUUUUUUCUUUAACCCUGAGAUGCAUCAGUGGGUCGUUUUCUUCUUCAGUAUCUUUGUAAUGAAAAGUUUCUAUCAUUUUCCAGUUAUUCCUCAGAAAACGUUUCUGAUAUCAUUCCAUUUAAAUGUUUAAAAUUACCUUUUAUACUUCUAAAGAAACUGUAAUAUUUGUAUUACUACCCUAAGCUCUUUAUCACUGAUGAAAUCGUACUAGAGGUGAUGCAAACUUGGAGGAAAAUAGUGAAAAAUGUCAACAAAAUGGAUGUUUUUCAUUCUUCUACUGCUCUUCUGUUUAAUAUUCUUCUUUCUCAAUCAUCAAAAUCUGUUAUAAAGUGAAAAAUAAACAUAUUUCAAACAUGAAGUCAUUCAAAAAUACAAUACAAGCAUUAAUGCAAAUUAUUAUUCUGAACCAAAAUGACAAAAAAUGUCAUAAAAACACACCGAUCGUUAUUUGGGUCAGUUUUUUUGCCGAUAUAAAUGCUUCGAAUACAGUAAAAGUACCUCUAAAAUUGUUCAAAAUUGUUUGAAACUUGUGAAGAAACUCAAUACUUUUCUAAAAUAACUUCAAACGUGUCCAACAUGAUAUAAAACUGUCCGAAUUGACUAAAAAUCUGACUGAAGUACCGAAAAAAGUCCAAAAAUGACUUUAAAUGUACUAAAAAAUGGCACGAAAUGAGUUUAAUAUGAGAUUUUUAUUGAGUCUCUUCCGACAGUUAUUCAAUUUGAAUCAUGUGUUCACUCGUUGGAGAGUUUUACAUCAUUUGAACAGAUUUUUGAUGUCUUUUUACAUUUUCUGUCUGUGAUUUUACUAAAUAUUAUCAGGAGCUGAACAAUAACAGGGAAAAUCUGUCAAAUAUUUAUCAGUCCAUUAAACAUACAUUCAAUUUCUUUCAAAUAACAGUGAAUAUCUGUAAAAUAUUGACAUUUUUCUGCUUCAAAUACAUGUUAAAUAGUGUAAUUUUACAGUCACAUAGUACAAGAAUGGAUUAUUAUUGUUGUGGGCUGUUUUUUUCAGGGUUAACAUGUAAAUUAAUUCUAUUUUUUAGUGAUUUGACUUGUUAAUAUCCAUAAUUUGACAUUUUUACAGCUGUAC